AUGGCAGAUCAAGAGCAUGAAUUGGAGCGAGUGAGCUCAGAGCUCGAAGACCUACGUGGAAACAUGGGUCAGGUCAUGGAAAUAUUACAGGUCAUCAGGGCAAAGUUGGACGCCCAAACAACAGUUGUUUCAGAAAUCGCCGGUCCAACGAUUGAGCCCCAACCUGCAAGGACGGUACCAACAACCUGGCCAACCUAUGGUUUACCUCCCGGUUUCACGCCUACAGUUGAAGGUGCACCUGGUUUUGCACCAUCCGCUCAGCAAACGGCCCCUCUACCGACCAUCAAUGAAAAUCAUCCUGUGGUUCACACGUUCGCACCUCCUCUCGUUCGUGCACAUGCUACCGGAUUAAGUGGACAGCUUCAGAAGGCAUUUGUGACAGGGGUGCCGAAGCUAAAGAGAUCAGAGCUUGAAGCAGCGUGCGAAGAUUUUGGUAAUGUAAUCGGUACUUCACCCGUUGGAAGCAUUUACACAGUGUACAAAAGGACUCUAUCUAGCGGUGUCGAAAUAGCCGUGGUUUCUGUUACAGUGUUGACAUCGUUGAAAGAUUGGUCAAAGACUUGCGAAGUCCAAUUUCGUAAGAAGAUAGAUACAUUACCAAAGAUGAACCACGAGAAUUCCGUAAAUCUUCUUGGAUUUUGCGAAGAAGACGAGCCAUUCACCAGAAUGGUGGUUUUCGAAUACGCGCCAAAUGGAACACUCUUCGAGCAUUUACACGUAAAAGAAGCCGAACACUUGGAUUGGGGAACAAGACUUAGAGUUGCAAUUGGCACGGUUUACUGCCUUCAACAUAUGCACCAGCUAAACCCUCCGCUCGCCCAUAGCAGCCUAAACACUUCAUCUGUUCAACUCACUGACGACUACGCCGCCAAAAUCUCGGACUUAAGUUUCUUGAAAGAAAUAGCUUCACUCCUUCUCCUGGAUUUCAAGUCAAUUAAGCCAAUUGGAAUCACUCAAAUUACCGUAAGUGAAUGUAGGCAUUGUCAUUACAGCAAACAUAACCAUAACCUGCAAGGAACACACCAAACCAUAACAGUCAAUUUAGAACCUUCUGGUUACAACUUGACGGCAUUGAUAUUUUCAAUAAAAGGAAAGCUUGAAGAUUGUUUCCUUCAUCUCACAGUUAUGAUGUUUCCCAUGUGA